AUGCAGUGGUGGUCCGCUGCCCAGAAGGAGCAUCAGCAGCGCCUGGUCCUCUACCGCCUUCGUGGCUUCCCACCAUGGCCAGGGCUUGUGGUGCGCACGAAGAGUCGGCAAUACCUCCAAUCACCCAUGAACCCACUUGCGCCCCCGGAUGACAGCAUCUUCGACAGGGGCAUACAGAAAGGCGACACAGUCACCGCUGGGGUCUGGUUGAACGCGGAGCGUCGUCCCACUCUGGAAGACCCUGCGCCGCAGAAGAAAGAGAAAGCCAAGAUCUUGAAAGUCGGCCCAAAGUGGGUUCGCGUACUUUACAAAAAAACUGGCGAGACAAGUCAAAUUCCAAAGUCUUGGUGCGAGCUCCUCUCCCAGUGCAUCUUGCAGCACCAGAACACGGGGAAAGUGAAGAGAGCCACGGGCAAAGUGCGCGAUGUCGCCUUGCGGGGCUCCAAGCGUGGCGUGGUCCCAUCAGGCUACGUGGUCGUCUACAGCUACGGUGAUGAGAUGUACCGCAAGGUGUUGGCGCGGUCCCUCAUCCGCUACACCCCUGAGGUGGUCACUGAACAGAAGUAUCGGAAGAAGAGCCUCAGACACUGCCUGAAGAAGGUCGACAAGCGCGGUUUCAACGGAGCUCGCGCCCUGAAGGAGAUCAAAGCGGAGUGGGACCGGCGGGAGCGGGCGCGGCAGGAGAGGCAGCAGCAGGAGGCGACUGCGCGCGAGUACCGAGCGCAUCAUGGCUUGGAGCAGCCUCCGACUCCUGCUCCAGCGGAGAGGGAGCCAGCCGAUCGAGCAGCCGAUCGAGCAGCCUCCAAGAGGCCCCUUCCCGCAGAUCCUCCCACGGCUAAGCGGCACACUGCCCAGCCCUCUCAGGCUUCUCAGACCGCUCACGCACGCUGUGUUGCCACGCCGCUUGUAAAUCACGCACGGUCUGCAUCGGCACAUUUGCAAGGCCAUAUGGUUCCUUACCAUGAGCAGCUUGAAGGGACCGACGUGCAGCACAUCUCCACAUCUGAUUUAGAGGAGGCUCGGCUUCUGCUGCGUUUGGAGAAGGGCUUUUCUGUGUCAGAGCUCCACAGGGCACGCCGACUCCUUGCGCUGGAGAAGCAUCCAGACAAGGCGCCCGCACAUCUGAAGGACUUCCGCCACCGAGAAUGGUUGAAGAUCGACGCAGCCUUUACUAUGCUGAAGGCAACGGCGUAG